AUGUUGACUUGUAUCGACGACAACAGGACUUGUUUAAACGACAGUAUAAACACGACAGUUCAAUAUUAUGAUCACAUACCUUAUUCAGUGCGACCAGAAACCUAUAUAGUUCCCGCAUUGUUUGUUGUCAUCUUCUUGGUUGGUCUGAUAGGAAAUGGAACUUUGAUCUGGAUGUUUUUCUGGAAUGACGAUAUGCACAGUGUCUCCAAUAUCUUCCUGAUGUGUUUGUCUGUGGGAGACAUGAUUGUCAUUUUGUUCACUGUUCCAUUUGUAGGGACAAUCUACAUAUUCGAAAGCUGGCCAUAUGGAGAGUUUGUGUGUAAAAUGAGUGAAUUUCUGUGCGACCUGUCAGAGGGUGUGACCAUCUUGAGCUUAACCGUCUUGAGUGUGGAUCGGUACAUGGUUGUCUCCACACCACUCCGCAAACAACAAACAUAUCACUCUAAAUUAUUGAUUAUUGUCGUAGCUAUGGUCAUCUGGGUCAUAUCAAUUGGGCUAGCUAUUCCAGACUAUGAAUCAGAGGUUGAGACAGAUGAGCCAGAGGAUAGUAAGAGUACUGUUUUGUAUCGUUAUCACACAGCUGUUGAAAAAGAAGAUGCUGAGUAUACUUCUCUGUCUGUACAAGAUGAGUCAGAUGAGGAAAUUCCUGAAGAGGAGACACGCGUUAGUUCUAAUGGUCGACCAAGAUGA